CAGAGAUCAUCUCAAGUAAUGGGGCCUGACUUCUGUGAUGAGUGAAAGAAUCCAGGAAUCCGCCAGUUUUCACUGUCAACAACAUCCCUUUAAGAAACCAUAUCUCAGUGAACCAUAUGACAUGAAGAGGUGUCUUGAAGGAAUUCAAAGACCAGAGACUCUUGCUGUGGGCUGCUGUGCUUGAGGAGCACCAUGAAGGGUGAAGAGACAACUUUGUUCCUUGGAAAUAAGGGAUGUUUAUCGAAGAGUCAACUCAGAGACCUCGUGGCCUUAGGUGUGGAAUACUUUAUCCUGCUUUCCAAAGCAUGACCCUGCAGGCUCUAAAUUGGAGGAAAUUCCUUCCAGAACUCAAGCCCAGAAGGCUGACAAUGCUGUUGAUGGCAGUAUAUUGAGUCAGCACAACCCUAGCCACUGCAGUGUGUUUCUGAAGUGCAGGUCCAGCAGCUGUGUUAAACUAUACACUUGAUGCUUUAUGGGGCCAAGGCAGAUUAGAUCAUGCAGAGAUGACCAGCCUGGGAUGAACUGAGACAGGGGUCUUGCUGCUAAGGUAGGAGCAGAAUACUCAGGACCCAUGUGAGAGGAUCCAGAAGAGAAAGAGCUUUAUGGAUACUCAGCACCUUCCCCUGUGAUCCUGUGAUUAUAGAUUGGACAUUUCCUCAAUGACAACGUAUAUGAGAGAUGCAAAACCCUCCACACCAUCCUAUACAGGUGCAGAGUCUGGCUUGGAGCCCGCAAGAGUCUUGCCUUUAACCACCUUAGAAGAACUCCUAUAGAGAUGCUGACAGUGUGACGGUGACACCAAAGCUGCAGAACAUUCUAGUGGUGAAGAGAGACCGGAGGAGUUUCCAAACUGAAAAUCUGAAAAAACCUGGAUGCUUUUUGUCAUUCUGAUGGUAAAUGAUGAGACAGGCAACCAUGGAUUUCAGCACUCCAUCUGUGUUUGAUCAGCAAAAAGAAUGCUGCAUUAAUACAAGUUCAAGGUAUAAAGCCGUAACCAAUGAAGACUUUCCCACCCUGCCAAACUCUCCUAGCCACAAAGCAAAACCAUGUGACUCAUCUGAAGAAGUCGACCUGACCAUGGUUUAUCAGGCAGCUUCUAAUGGAGAUGUCAAUGCUCUGACUUCAGUAAUUCGGGAAGACCCUUCCAUCCUAGAAUGCUGUGACAGUGAAGGAUGUACACCCUUGAUGCAUGCGGUUUCUGGACGUCAAGUGGACACAGUGAAGCUGUUGUUGAAGAUGGGGGCCAAUAUUAACAUGCAGGAUGCUUAUGGUCGCACAAGUCUGUGCCUGGCAACCUAUCUGGGUUGGCUGGAAGGCUGUGUGAGUCUGCUUCGAAAUGGUGCCAAGCACAAUAUCCCAGAUAAAAAUGGCCGUCUGCCACUGCAUGCUGCCACUGCUGAGCCCGAUGUGAGGCUCCUAACAGUCUUGGUGCAACAGUCAAAUCUCAGCGAGAUUAAUCACCAGGACAAUGAGGGAAUGACACCGCUCCACUGGGCCGCUUUCCAUAACCAGCCUCAACAUACUCAAAUGCUGCUGAAGAAGGGAGCAGACCCCACACUUGUGGAUAAAGACUUUAAAACAGCCCUCCACUGGGCAGUCCAGAGUGGAAACAGAAUCCUGUGUUCCAUUAUCCUGAGCCACCACCAAGGGCCGUCCAUCGUCAACUAUGAUGAUGAGAGUGGGAAGACGUGCGUGCACAUCGCAGCGGCGGCGGGCUUCAGUGACAUCAUUAAUGAGCUGGCCAGAGUGCCUGAGUGUAACCUGCAGGCUCUGGAUGUGGAUGACAGGACCCCACUGCACUGGGCUGCUGCUGCAGGGAAGGCAGACUGUGUCCAGUCACUGCUGGAGCUGGGCAUGGACAGCAACCUGCGGGACACCAAGGAGAGCACACCCCUGGCCUAUGCCCUGUACUGCGGCCACGCGGCCUGCGUCAGACUCCUCUCCCAGGAGAGCAGAACAGAGCCUGCUCGACCUCUUCCUUCCCAGAACAGUAGACCCCAGAAGAAGGAGGGACGAUUCAGCAUGCUCAACCAAAUCUUCUGCAAAAACAAAAAAGAAGAGCAGAGGGCCUAUCAUAAGGAUCACAGCAGAGAUCGACACAGGGGGGAGCACACCUCGGAAGUCGAUGACAUCAUCACUACCUUUGACAGCAUCACGGAGACCAACUGCCAAGAAGAGCCUGGUGGUCAGGUGGCUAUGAUUGACUUUAAGAAGCGGACCUUGGAGAAUUCAAAAUAUCUCUUGCCAGAAAAGAAGCCUCUGGCCCAUAAGGGGCUUCCACCAAUCAGAACGCAGAGUCUCCCACCCAUCACCCUGGGCAAUAACUUCCUCACGGCUUCCCAGGGGGCCACUUCCCAAGCCAGCCUGAACUCCGGUACUCAUCAGAUGGCCCCGAGAUCUCAGAAAAGCCGAAGUGAGCAGGACUUACUGCACAACAGAACUGGCUGCCAGACAUUGCUAGAUCACCCCUGGAGAGGUGAUUCCAACCAGGUGUUCUGUAAAGCCUGGACUGUGUCUUCUUCUGAUAAGCUGCUAGACAGAUUGCUCACCAGCAAGGCUGGUCACCAGGAGGUCUUGGGGCUGCCCCAACUUCCUCACCUAUACAAUCCUUCAUCAGGACAAAAUUUUCAGCAUCUGUCCCCAAACAGACCCCAGAUUAGGGACCUUCCUAUCACCCGGAACAACCUAGCUCCUCUGCCAGACCAAAAAUUUCUGUCUGGAGAACCUCUGCGGACAAACCGAGUGCUUCCUGCUAUUCCAAGCCAACGGGGACACAGCACAGCAGCCGAGGACAGAGAAAGCUUGGCCAAUCCCGCCACUGAUGAAAAUUAACUGCGGGUCACCAGCUGUAAAAAUAGAGAUUACAUAUAUUUUCAGCCGUCAAAGAAUGAGAUUACCCUAUAGUUUGUGAGAACAGAGUGAUAUAGUAAAUUGCGUUCUAGAAGCCAUUCACAGUUUUAUAACUCCUUAUUCCAAUGAUGCUUCCCAAAGAAGUGCUUGGAAUCUUUGAUUGUAUAUAUGUUUUAAGUCUGUGAGUUUCUGUGGCGUCUCCAUGCCAAAAUAAAAAGUCACAAUAUGUUAUCAGCAGGGAGAUUUUGCUGUGUUUCGUUUGCAUUGUGGCAUCCCCAUAUUUUUUUUCCUAAAUGAUUUUGUUUUAAAAAUACAUGCUUUGCUGAAUAAAAAACAACAGAAAAGUA